AAAAAGACAAGAAAGGUGAUCCGACUUUUAAACCUUUGGUUAAUACAAAUGGAGAAGCACAAAAAGUAAAAAAACACAGCCGAUUGAGUCUCGUUUACGCCAACUGCCUUGCUUCAAUUCCUCUUCGUCCAACUCUUUCUUUCUUCAAUAUUCUAUUCUCUCGACACACUAUAAAGAUGCAGCCCCCUUUCUAUUCUCUCUUCGUGCGCCCCUCUCCUCAUCCUACUCUGUUUCUUCUUUGCAAGCUUCACUCAACCAUUAAAACAUAUCCUACCAUGUUUAGCUUCCUUUAAGUUUUCAACUUCUCAACUUCAGCUUCAGAUUUUUCAUUUCAUUACAUUAAGAUUUAUGGAGAAGGUGAAUUUUAUGAAGAAUGGUGUGCUGAGAUUGUUGCCGGGGUUCAGGUUCCACCCCACUGAUCAAGAGCUUGUCCUCGAUUACUUGAAGCGCAAAGUGUUCUCGUUUCCUUUGCCGGCUUCCAUUAUUCCUGAGGUUGAUCUCUGCAAAUCUGACCCCUGGGAUUUGCCAGGGGAUAUGGAGCAGGAAAGGUACUUUUUUACGACACGAGAGGUUAAGUACCCGAAUGGCAACAGGUCGAACAGGGCCACGGCUUCCGGGUACUGGAAGGCCACUGGACUCGACAAGAAAAUUGCGAGCAGCAAAGGAAACCAGGUUGUUGGAAUGAAAAAAACCUUGGUUUUUUACCGGGGGAAGCCUCCGAGUGGCUCAAGAACUGACUGGAUCAUGCACGAGUAUCGUCUCGCCCCAAUUCAAUCUCAGCAGGGACAAAUGGAGAAUUGGGUUCUUUGCCGAAUAUUUCUCAAAAAGAGAGGCAGUGCCAAGAAUGAAGAUAACGAAGUUACUCAGCCUCAACCGAAGCUACAAUCCCAGAACAUUAACAUAGCACCAGCAGAAGCAGUAGCAGGUCCAGCUCCGAGUUCACGGAAGAAGAACAAUAGUCCAGUUUUUUACGAUUUCAUGACCAAGCAGAGGACUACUGAUUUGAAUCUUGCCCCGGCCUUAUCAUCUUCCGGUUCCAGCGGGAUCACGGAGGCCUCUUCCAAUCAGUCCGGGGAGGAUCACGAAGAAAGCAGUAGCUGCAAUACUACUAGUCUAUCCAAUUUUUUGAGCAAACGUUUGCCUUAGUACUACGACUACUACCACUACUACUACUACGACCCCUCGAUUUAUUUAAUUAGUGCCUUGCCAUAGCUAUUGAGUUCUUUUCAAUAUCAUCCAUCCAUCCAAUCCCUCUGGAAUAACUAGUUAGGAACCUGAAGUUUGCUUCGGCUGCAACUGUCUCUCCGCGAUUUCGAACCAGAGACAGAACUAGUAGUAGAAGGGCAAAUUAAACAUCAAUGUGUUUAAGUUGUUGUUAACAGAUGGUUGCUGUGUUAUGUACUCAGGAGGAUGAUUCCUCAAUUUACUUUCAGUUUAGUGAAGAUGAAUAUUUAUUAA